AUGGUAGCUCCAAACCCGAUUGGGUUCACUCCUAAACAUACUCAGCCAUUCACUUUGGAAGAAGCCAUGGGAUUAGAAAUAGAAACGUUAGUGACCGAAAUCAAAAGACUUGAAAACUCAAUACAGCAUCUUCAACGUACACAAUCGGAAUUGAAAUCGUAUCUUGAUUCGGAACGAGAAGGAGGGGACGGGGAUGGCGAUGGUGAUGGUGACGGUGAGAUUGAGAUUGCCUUCAAGGAGAACGAAGAUACCAUAUCAAGUCAAAUCGAAAGAAUAGCCAUUAUCAAAAUUGCAUUAAUGAACAAACUUGGUUCAGAUGCCAGAUUAGAACAUUAUGGUUUAUCAAUAGGCUCUGAUCAAUCUUCCAAUUCCACUUCCAAUUCCAACAUAUCGUCAUCAAAUACAAACACAAAUACAACUCGAUCUACAAAUACACCGAUACCAAAUGGUAAUCCUGAUCCCGGACGAGGACAAGUGAAUGGACAUUCGAAUGGAGGUAGAGAUGCACAUAGUAUAAUAAGAGAUAUAGUACAAACCUCAGGUGGUGGUUCAUCUAGCGUUAAUUCAAAUUCGAUACCUUAUCAAAUACCUAAUGUAGAAUCAGCUGGAGAAUCACCAUCACAAACACAGGCUGUUCAUACUGAUCAAGAUCAAGAUGGAUUGCACUUGUAG